AUGCAAAUCCGCCCGUUCCCCGCCCCUCCUUCCCAUCCUCCCCAUCCUCCCCAUCCUCUCCUCCUUCCCUAUCCUCCCCACGCUCCUCAUCCCUCCCUAUGCUCUCUAUUCUUCUCAAUCCGCCCAUUCUUGACUGCCAUCCCUCGUUCAGAGCUCCUCAUAUCCCGUGCUACCCUCGUCGACCCUUCGUUCUUUCCCCAUUCUGCCACUCUCCUCAUCCCCACUGCCCCUCACUCUCUACCUUCCGCAGCCCUUGUCGCCACACCUCUCCUCGCAUCCCCCUCUCCUUGCAACUUCCCUCCUCCACCAUCCUCUCUCCCCAAGCUCUUCGUGUCUCAUAGAAAACGUGCCUCAUCAGGCCACUAUCUAUUCCACGCGAUUGCGCCCAUCGCCCCCGGUUCUGACCUCCUCACACACUACGGCGUGCGCUCCUCCCACUCCUUCCUCCUCUCCUACGGCUUCUCCCCCCACCCCAACUCCUUUGACUCCCUCCCCCUCUUCCGCUCCUCUUCCGACCUGCUUGAGUUCUUCGCGGAGCAUUAUUUCCCCGGGGAUUUUGGGGAGGAGGAUGGGGAGGUGGCGAGGGAGGUGGUGGGGGAGGUGGAGGAGAGUGUGAAGAGUGUGGGGAGGGUGGUGAGGGUGCUGAUUGGGGCUGUAGAGGAUGGAGGUGGGGAGGGGGUGGGGGAGAGUGGGGAUGAGUGUGAGGGGGAGCGGGAGGGGAAGAUUGAUGGGGAGAUUGAGGGGGGAAUUGAAGGGGAGAGGGAGAAGGAGACUACUAGACGAAUUGAUGGGGGAAACGGUGGGUGUAGCGGUGGGGAGAGAAGGGAGAGGGUGACCACUUGUGAGGGGGGCGUGGAUGGAGAAGAGGAGGAGUUGGUGCAGAUCGGUUGUGAUGGGGAGAGUGUGAUGGAGGGUGGUGGGAGUAGUGGUGGAGAGAAGGUGGAAAACAGAGGUUCUAGAUGUGAAACUAGCUGUGCAAGGUGUGAGGAUGGGCAAGAGGAGGGAGCUGUGGUGGUACUGGGUGCUGAUGAGGAGGAUGGGGGGAGAGGGAGGGCAAGAGAGGAGAGGAGCGGAGCGAGGGGGGGUAGUGUGGAGGAGGAAGAAGAUGGGAACAGAAAGUGGAAUGGCAAAAGUGGUUUGAGAAAAGCAUGUGAAGCUGUGAAUGGCUGGACGGAAGACGAAGGAAAUACGGAUAGAAGAGGGGGGGAGACAAGAGAGGGAAGUCAAGAGGGUGCCGGAAUGGAGAUCAAUCAUGCCUUGGAUGAGCGGGAGGCGAGAUUGCAGGAGAACGGAAAGACGGCGGAGAAAGAGGAUGAGAAGAACGGGGGAAAGCAGAGUGACGCUGAGAAAUGUGCAGAAGCACAUGCUGUCUCUCAAAAACCGGGAAAAACAAAUGCCGCAGCGCAGAGCUCACCAGAAAAACAACCUCCGUCAAAGUGCCCCUCGGGAAAGGAUUCAGCAGCAGCAGAGAGAUCACCAGCAACAGCCACAGUGUACCUGCAGUACGGGACGAGUCUGUACGGGCCAGAGUAUAGCUUUGAGGCGGAGAGGGGGUAUGCGGUGUGGCCGCAUGGGCAUGUGGACCCUCGCAUCAUGGCCUCCUUUGCUGCUCUCUGGCACCUCUUUGUCUAUGGCCGCGAGCCCCGGCACCACCCGAUAGCCUGUGCCAGCGUUCUCUACUGCUGGGGCAUCUCCCACCCGGCAUUGCACCCCCUGCGCCCCCGCCUCUCCCCCCGCCUGCUUGCAUGCCUGAAAGCUGCUCUGGAUGGCAUUCACGCGCGCUGCUGCACUGUUAUUGAUGGGUUUGGGAGCCGGUUGGAGGAGGAUGAGGAGGAGUUGGCAGGUUUGUUGAAGAGAGAGAGGAGGGGGUUGACGAAGAGGGUGGGGAAGAGGAAGAAUGCGAGGAGGGUUGUGGAGGGAGGAGGAAGGGAGGGUCCCGGAGAAGGGGAGGACGGUCGGAGGGAGGAAAUUAUUGAGAUUGAAGAGAAUGAGGGGAGUAAGGAAAGCGAGGAAAGUGAGAGUGAGGAGAGUGCGGAGGAGGGAGGGGACAGGAAAGGGGGCAUAGCGGAGAGGGAGGCAAGGGAGAGGGAGGUGGUGUUGCGGUAUCGGAUAGGGAGGAAGAGGCUGGUGGGGGCAUUGGAGAGGAGACUGAGGAGGUCGCUUACAGGGGGGUUGAAGGGGAUGGGGGGAGGAGAGUUGGAAGAGAGGGCAGUCAUGGGGAGGUUGAUGGAAGGAAGCACCAUGUGGUAG